CGUACAGUACACACACUGGACUCAGAAGGAGGUUUGUUUACUACAGCGGGAGCAGAAAAAUGAAAUUAAUUUAUGACUCAACGCCCUGUCUCCUCCACCUGAUGCUAUUGGCUGAGCUGUUUGUCCAUUCAUCAUCUCGUCCCACCCACAGUUCUCCUCUCUGUGGCAUGUUAAGAUCAAUGAUCCAUCAAGUGGACAGGUUGACAGUCUCAUCCAAAAAACUGCAUGACUUGACAGACGAGGAGCUCAUAAACUUUGAGGGUGUGGAAAAUAGACUGGACGGUCUUCCUCAUAUGCAACACACUGCGGCCCAUUUUAAUUCAUUGAAGGUGAACAAGUCCCUCCCCCAGCUGUUUGUGUUCAUUCAGUCCUUCAGGCUGCAUGUUGACUGGUUGAAAACAGCCAAAGAAAACGUCAGUUUAUCCUCCGAGUCAGCAGAGGACGUCAGCUCGCACCUCCUGCAGCUCUCCAACCUCAUUCACAAAUCUCUUCUCCUGAUCAGUGAAGAGGUUCCUCAGUCCCCGUCUGCCUCCCUCCCGGUCGUCUCCACAGCCUUCGAUGUGCUCCGGUUCUCCAUUGAGAUCUCUGAACGUUUGGAAGUCUUCUGUAACUGGUCCAAAAGAGUUUUGGUGCAUCUCCAGAGACUAUCCCACUGCCCUCGACAUUAGUGAGCCUCUGUCUUCAGCAUUUAAGCAACUCCUGAUGUCGUCCCACAAAACUAUCGGUAACUUACAAGAUCUUUAUCCAGGGAGGAAUCUUAGACGGGGUCCAGACUCAAAUAUAUCAACAAAUUUUGGAUAUGUUGCCAUGAAGAUUGGUACAUAUAUUCAUGGUGCCAGGAGGAUGCAUUUCAAUGACUUUGGUGAUUUCUUUUUUGUAACGCGACCCACAAGUGAAAGUGUCCAUUUAUCAGGUGAAAUAUUCCAACGUCUACUGAAUGGAUUGGCCUAAAAUGUGUUACAAACACGCUCAGCGUCUGCAUGUUAACAUUGUCACCGCAAGCAAGCUGAUGUCAUCAUAGACCCAAUUGUGAGGUUUGUUUACAAAAACUUCCUGGUAAAAAACUGUACAUAAAAAGUAUUUACAUGCAAUUUAACAGCGCUGAGCAAACAGGGACAAGGAAAAACUGGACGUACUCUCAUCUCAUUCAUCUUAAAUGCAUGUUUGAUACUUUCAUAUGUCAUCACUAUUGCCAAAAUAAGGUUGGAGACCUAAUUUACCUAUUGAGCCACGGACAAAAAAAAAAUGGAACCACCCAACUUUGCAAUCAGACUGACCAGCGGUGAGAUGUUGCUGUUCGUUACACUAGAUUUGGAUAAUCAAAGACGCUAGCAAAGCAACACAUGAGAAAAUGAGUACAGCAGAGACAAAAGAUAUACAGUAUACCUCUUUGUUUAACUAUAUCUUUAAAGCUAUGGUGCAUAGUAAUGACAUCAAAACUGUCGGUACGUCCACAUGAUAAAAGCGUUUCAUGAUUGCGCACCACCCCCACCCCUUCAGACAUGCAGUUGCUAGUAGCCAAGGAUGACACAAGGAGGACUAAAAAACAUUAUGGACUCUUCUGAAGAGCUAAUUAUCUUCAAUUGAGUUUCUGCGCUCCGAACGACACAAUCUUCUGAACAUGGUCACACUAAGAAAUGCAGAGAGAGUUGUGUGGAGAUGAUAGUCCUAAUUAGCUUUGUAGCAUUUGGCAACGGCUUGAGUGUAACGGACGUUCAUGAAAAAAAGCUACGCACUGAAGCUUUAAACAUUAGUUACGGCUGAAAACGACAACGGAAAACACGUUUGCCUAUUUCACGUAUCUCCGCACUUCAGUUGUCUAUCACAAAAAGGGAUUUUUGUGUUCUGUGAUUUGGUUUAUUGACGCACAACAAACUGCAAGAUGUUGAGUUCUAGAAACAUCAAUUCAGCAGCAAAAGAGAAUGUAAGAUUAUUGCAUGUUCUAAAGAAAAUAUGUUUUGUUUUGUAAGUGUUGUCUUACAUGAGGCCUUUACAUGUGCAGUACUAAUGCCCUGUGCAGAGGCACUCCCACCUGUCACUCCCUUUGUUUACAUUCACAGCGCCUGAGUGUUGAUCUACUCAGUGAGCUAUGUGACAAGAAAACGUUGUGGUACAAUUAAUAUUUUUCUACUGUUGUUUUUUUUUUUACCCUGUUUAGGAUGCUAUUUAUGAACUUUUUAUAUUAUAUAGUGUGGGAUGCAGGCAUCUCGUGUUUUUCUAUGGGUUAUCUAUUGUGUAAUAUUUAAUAAUAAUAAAUAUCAUAAUGUAUUGUCACACUGUAGUGCCUUUUACAGUAUUAUUUAUACCUUUUGAAUGUUUUGUUUUUGUAUGUUUU